AUGUACUAUGACUCCAGUGGCCAAAAAACCGUGAGCUUGACGCUGUGGUGCACAUGCAGACAAACUAUUAGGGAGCUGAAGCAGAAAGCUCAUUUUAACCUAGGAGUUCGUGGUCAGCCCGGACUGCAUAACGAGACCUGUGUCCGUGCCCCACGAGCGAGCACGAGCAAGCGAGCGAGCGAGCGAGCGAGCGCUUGGCACCUGUUUUCUCUUGCAGAUAUUUCCCAGUCGUUUUCGGGGACAGUUGAUGUAAAGCACUGCUGCCUCAAGAUGUCUGGAGAGGAAGAAGAAGGAGAGAUUACAUAUAUAAAUAUGGAAAGCAACACUGAUGAUAGUAGCAUCAGCGAUGAUGGAGAUGAACUAUUUAGUGAAGAUUUUAGUACUGAUAUUCAGGAUACAUCGAGUUUUGAGGGCUUGACCUUAGACUCUGACCUUGAAGACGCUGACGACAGCUUUGAAGAAUCCCUACCUGAGAUUGAAGAUGAAUAUGAUGAUGACAAUGGAGCUGAUGGAGAUGAUGAAGAUGAAGAUGAUGAUGAGAGUUGUGAAGAAAAUCUUCCAGAAAACUUAAAAAGAUACAACACUAGCUCAGUGGCUUUACCCCUGUUAACCAAAAGAAGACGAUCAUCUAUUCCAGAUUCUUUUAUGAUACAUUGUGGUGAGCCAUUAACCCCAGAAGUGCAAGCAUCACAGGGCCAGGAAAAUCCUGAGGGAACAGUUCUUCAGCCAGUGGCAGAGGUCAAGCCUGAAAAGCUAGCUCCUGAUGCUGAUUUAGAACCUGGUGAUGGAGGUGCUCAAGAAACCAACACUGUCAUCACCUCAUCUGACCAGCCUGAAGCUCCUCUAGUAUUUCAGCAACCAGUAGACUCCAUUCCAGCCAAUGACCCUAAUGACAUGAUUUACCCAGUUAUUGUGGGAACUGAGAAUAUCAGCCCAGAUAUGGUCACACCAUAUGUCUAUAUCCCUCCCAAUUUGGAAAUACCAGAAAUUACAGAAAUCAUUCUUACAAGCGAUAUGAUAAUGAACAAACCAACUUUUGAGGGAAAUCAACAAGACGAUCCACCUGUCUCUCACAACUUUGGUAUUCCAGUAAUACCAGAAGCUGAUUUGGUAAGCAGUUCUGAGACAAUGAAAUACCCACCUGCAGUUGGAAAUAAUAGUGGCCACCAAAAUUUGUUUUCAUCUACUGGGCCUGUCCCUGAUUCUGAGAUCAAAGAAGUUAUAUUGCUAGAAAUGCCAAAAAAAACCAAAGUUAUUGUGGAUGGCAGUAGACAGACAGUAUAUGGCCCUGCAUUAUUAGGAAGUGUUGUUCCCCCAGAUCCUGAAACUGAAGCUGCCUCUAUUUCUUCUGAGACUGUAAUUGAAAAACUUGUACUGGUAGAAGUGCCAAUUGCUCCAGAAAGCAUUGUGGAUAACAGCCCUGAGACACUGACUAACCCAAUUAUACUACAACAUGUUGGGGGCCAAGAACCUGCUGCUGCACCUUUUGUCCCUUCAGCUAUUGGAGAACCAGAAAUAAUACCUCAUGUGGUGAAUUACCAAGAUCCCGUGGAACAGAUUAAUGAACACGGAGAACCAGAAAUAAUACCUCAUGUGGUGAAUUACCAAGAUCCCGUGGAACAGAUUAAUGAACACGAAGACUAUCUUGGUGAUCCAAGAAGAAACAUCAGGUUAGCUAAAUUUCAUUUGGUGACUGCAAAAAAUAAGCCAACUCCUACUUAUGCAGCCUGCUACUUGGCUAAUGUCAUAUUCUCUGAGGAAAUUCUGCCUUUAAGCUCAGAUGCUGACCAUACUUCACAUGGCAUAUUCAUGGAUCAAAACAAAAUGUCAGCAAUAAGAGAAUAUCUCUUGACAGUUUUCCCAAACUAUGACUUAAGGGAAAAAGGAAAAGCAUGGAAAGACUGUAUUUCUGCCAUUAGUUUUUUGAUACAGAGUUUGUAUACUGAAGCAGAAAUACCCACAAAUAGAAACUUCAGUGUGCCCAUGUCCACAAACUGGUGUACCAGAAGCAGUAAUGAUGUGGGUGAGGGUCCUUCUCAGUGGCUUCAGAAUAUCAGGGAGUCUGAAAAAAGAGAAGCAAUGGAUUCGGAACACAUUCCUGGUGCUAACCCCGAGGGCAGUGAUAAUGCAGCCAUCAAUCCUGACCAAAUGGUAUAUCUUGGAAAUCCAUCUAGAGAUAUACAGAUACCAUAUUCAGUACUGAAAAUUGCAAAAUCCCAUUUGCGUCCAGACCUGUCAGCCAAAUACAUCAUUCUCCACUUGUUUCCAGAGGAAGUACUAAUUGAAAGUAAUGUCUAUGGCAAUAUGGAGUGUGGCCUGUUUGCCCUUGAUCCCAAUAGAAUUGAUGCUCUCCGAGAAUUUCUUCAGGACAACUACUCUGAAUAUGAUCUAGAAGAAACUGGAUAUUAUUGGAAAUUGUGUGUGACAGCUAUCAAUGGCUGUCUUCAAACCCUUAGACAAGGCCCAAGGAAUGCCGUAGCCUAAUCAUUCCAGUUCCUGGCAACAGCUCUUUCCACAGAGUCAACCAAACAGAUGGAUGAAACUAACAGAUGCACUUAGCCAAUUUUUCCUAAAAUAGUCGAUCAUUUUCUAAGUUUCUGAAGUCAUAAAGCCAUAUUUAA